AUGGCGUUAACCGAUGCGAACGGUUUCUCGAGUGAAGCCAUCUGUUGGAUUGAUCUCAAUACAAAAUUUAUAGCAUGGACCAUCGUGUCACUAGUAUCUCGGGUAGAAGCCAUCCUGGCGUCGGUUUGUGUUGGUGGAUUAAGUGGAUGCUUGCUCCUUAUCACGCCAAACUUUAUCAGCGAAUUUUCUCAUGAAUCUAUUAGAGGGACGCUCACUUCUUUUGGAAUUAUAUUCUAUGGUAUAGGUCUCAUGGUGUCAUAUAUUCUUGGAGGGUGUCUAAAUUAUGAAAUGAUGAAUUAUGUUUGCCUAACAAUAUCAGUUUUGUCUUUGAUUAUGAUGAGCCUAGUGGAGGAGUCGCCCGUAUAUUUAAUGUCUAAGGAUCUGGAAAAGAAAGCAGCUAAAUCUAUAGCCUUCUAUAGAUCAUCGAAACGAGGAUCUUUAAUAGUGCAGCAAGAAAUGGAAUCUAUAAGACGAACACUUAAUGUACAAAUGAACCGUAAGGCUCUUGGUACUCAAAUUCAAUUCCAUUGGGGCCCAGCUUGGUUGAAGGGUCUUUUUGUGUACGCUUUCUGUAUAACAGCAACUUGUGGAGCUGGGACUGUACCCUACGUCAUGAUACCGGAGAUGUUCCUACCAGAAGUAAGGUCCGAGGGAUAA